AGCGAGAAAGAAAGUCUCCAUGGAGAGAAAGAGCUACAGCGCCAUGGAAGGGCGUGUAGGCUAGGUUGAGUCCUUGUUCCAUUUCAUGCUUGGGGGGAUUUUCUCGUGGUAUCGAUGGCGCAUUCUAUGGCGCCUCAUGGAACCGCUUCGCUUGUCGCUGGAAGGAGGAAGAGGAGGAGCUCCUGCUAGGGUGUAGGGUUUUACUAGGGCUCCUUCGGUCCAGUGCCUCCGCGCCAUCGCCACGGCGAAAUCCUCCUUCGGCUGGUCUGUGAUUUCUAUAUUUCUCCCCUUUUCUCGCUCGAUCGGAGGAAGAUUAUGGCUCGCGGCGAUGGCGUGAGAAGAUAAUGGUGGGGAAGUUCAUCUGUGCCUCUGCCGCUGCCGCUCCUCAAGAGAGAACUGUGGAGGAGCCACACCAAGGGGCGGUGAGCAUGAAGUACUGGGACGAUUGGGCCGAUCCCCAGGACAUGGAUGCAAUGUGGUCUCAUCCGGAGAUCAACAAGGAAUGGAUCGCUGCCGGAGAGAUUUUCGGCAAGAAAGUUCACAUGCUGAGGGAUCCAGAUGGAAGGCCUUAUAUCACCCAGACCGAAUUGCAGGCUAUCGCAGAGAUUCUUGUCAAGAGACACUUUAGAGGGAAGAUCAGCCAAGCCAUGAUAUGCGCUAUCGCGGAGAUUGAAAGCCAAAGACACCCGCUUGCGUAUACUUACAAUUCCAGGAUCAAAGAUGUGCUCUGUGGGCUCAUGAAAAUGCGAAAGUCUACGGUGGAAUGGCUCUCAAGGGAGAAGGAUUAUGGAGCAUACACCGUGGACUGGAAAACGUCGAUGCUCUUCAAACCAUUUGUUGGAGUAUAUUAUGGUGCUGCGUACUUGAGUUGGCUAUCAUCGUACGAGGGCAAGAGGAAAACUGAGGAGUUUAUUGUCCGCGCCUACCACUCUGGCCCCAAAGAUGCCAACAGCAAACAGUCUUUAGCGUACUGGAAUAAGUAUCUAAGUGCCAAGCAAAGCCUCCCAACGAGAUGGGACAUUCCAAAUCCGCACAACUCUCCACCUCCUGUAGAGAAGGAAAAGCCUUCAAUCGGAACGGCGAAAAAGCUUCUCUAUGAAACGUCUCCAGGUCGCAAAUGGAUUUACUGGGAGGAAAAGACUUCCCCUGAAGAUAUGUCUGACAUGUGGAGGCAUCCCGAACUGAGAAAGGAGUGGACAAGAACCGGAGAAAAACCAGGAAAAGUACGCUUCUCGCUCGAUGGCGAGAUGCGACCUCACCUCAAGAAAAAAUACUUCUCCGACAGGGGAAUGAGUCCGGCCAUGCUUUGUACAAUUGCCGAGAUUAGCAGCAAGCGACUGCUUUUCGGGACCGAUACAGGAAUCAUGCAGACACCAUUUUCCACAGCUGCGUGGCUUUACACGAACCUUGGAUACAAAUCAUACAAGCUAAAGUCCGCGGAGGACCUGACAAAGCCAUUCGUGUCAAUGUAUUUCGGUGCGGCAUACGUGUGCUGGCUAUCAACACACGGCGGAAGGACAAGAAGCGAUCAGUUCAUUGUACAAUCCUAUCGGGGGGGGCCACAGAAAGUCGAGAGCUCCGAAGCUGGACCCUUUUGGCUCAAGUACAUUGACAAUCUUCCCCAAUAUCUCACAAACCACAAGACCCGUCACGCUGCCUGCUGCAUCCAGUAAGAAAAUUCACACGUUGUGUAAAUUAAUGCAAAAGCAACAAAAUGGGGGGUUUUUGAUAAA